GUUGGAGCAGGAUGGAUUGGAAAAUUGCGCUGGGAGCGGACCCUUGGAGCCAUUGUAAGACAGAGGAAUCUGCUAAUGACUCCUGAGGCAGUGAAAGCUAACUGGGAGAAGAUCUGUGACUUUAGUGAUGCCAGCAAGCCUCAGAGCGUCCAAGAAUCAACGAGUGGUAUAAUUGAAGUCUUACAUAAAGUUGAUUCAGAAGGAGGAGUUUCAACAAAUCAUACCAGCCACGCAGCAUCUUCCACCACAACAGGAUUUGCUAGUGCCAUUGGCUAUAAGUUCCCUUCCUUUUCUUCUGAUUAUACACAACUGGAUACGAUCAUGUAUGCCCUGGGAGUGGGGGCAUCUGUCAAAGAACCAAUGGACCUGAAGUUCGUGUAUGAAGGAAGUUCUGACUUCUCCUGUCUGCCGACCUUUGGAGUUAUCUUGGCUCAGAAGACUUUGAUGGGUGGAGGACUGGCAGAGGUUCCUGGGCUUUCGGUUAACUUUGUGAAGCUUCUUCAUGGGGAGCACUACUUGGAGUUGUAUAAACCACUUCCUAGAGAAGGAAAAUUUAAAUGUGAAGCAUCUAUUGCUGAUGUCCUAGAUAAAGGAUCUGGCCUUGUCAUUCUUUUGGAUGUCUAUUCUUAUUCUGGGAAGGAACUUGUAUGCUAUAAUCAGUUCUCUGUCUUCAUCGUUGGCUCUGGAGGCUUUGGUGGGAAACAGACAUCAGAGAAAGCCAAGCCAGCUGUAGUGGUACCUAGUAGGCCUCCCGAUGCUGUACUUACAGACACCACCUCACUCAAUCAGGCUGCUUUGUACCGCCUUAGUGGAGACUGGAAUCCCUUACACAUCGACACUACCUUUGCUAGCAUGGCAGGUUUCAAGAAACCCAUAUUGCAUGGAUUGUGUACCUUUGGAUUUUCUGCAAGGCAUAUCUUACGGCGGUUUGCAGAAAACGAUGUGUCGAGGUUCAAGGCAAUUAAGGUUCGUUUUGCAAAGCCAGUGUAUCCUGGACAAACUCUGCAAACUGAGAUGUGGGAGGAAGGAAACAGAAUCCACUUUCAAACCAAGGUUCAGGAAACUGGGGACAUUGUCAUCUCAAAUGCCUAUGUGGACCUCCUACCAGCCUCUGGUGUUUUGGCCAAGAUGCCUUCAGAGGGUGAGCAGCUUCAGAGUGCUCUUGUGUUUGAGGAGAUAGGUCGCCGCCUUAAGGACAUCGGGGGUGAGGUGGUGAAGAAAGUGAAUGCUGUGUUCGAGUGGCAUAUCACCAAAGGCGGGAACACUGCAGCUAAGUGGACAAUUGACCUGAAAAGCGGCUCUGGGAAGGUAUAUCAGGGCCCUGCAGAGGGCUCUGCGGAUACAACCAUCAUCAUCUCAGAUGAAGAUUUCAUGGAAGUGGUCCUGGGCAAGCUGGACCCUCAGAAGGCCUUCUUCAGUGGCCGCUUGAAGGCCAGGGGCAACAUCAUGCUGAGCCAGAAGCUUCAGAUGAUUCUGAAGGACUAUGCCAAGCUCUGAGGGCACCUGCACCAUGAGCACAAGGGUGUGCACCGUUAUUCUACAAGGUGAU